CUCUAAUGAUCCGAAAUCGCAGCUGUUGAAGCAGCUCGCCACGAGCGGCGGCGACAAUGCCAGCUCGUUAUACUCACAGUUUACUAGUAAUCCAUUCUUUACUGCUGUACGAUCGAUCCUUGCAUUGCCCCGAUGAGAUGGAGUGUGCUCACAAUGGCCACAGGGCUUCGGACUCGCUGCACUAGGAGUCGCAGCGCGAACAGGACAGAAAGGACUUCAGCAUGGCGCCGCAUUUCUUCGGAGACGGAUGCUCAUCGACCUUGAGAUCACACGUCACGACGAUGCUUACCCUUGGCUCCUUCAAUGGAUGACCACGUAUCACAGGGCGCAACUGAAUGGCGCCCAACGUUCAACAGGCGCUGCCGCUGCGCCAAACGGUCUCCUUACGAAACUGCUCAAUCGCAUCGACCCACGUAUGCACCAUCUUCAGGUGCGAACCUCAGCGCCGCAGGAUGGGCCGUCGUUGGCUGCGCACUUUGCCUUCGUACCUGGCCCUGGGCGGCACUUCAUGCGCUACAAGAAUGCCUUUCUUUUAGUCGACCGCCAACGUACGCGCGACGCGUUUGACAUGCGAGAUGGUACGCCCUUUGAAACGAUCAGCCUCACGACUCUCUACAGCCACCGUGGCGUUUUCGAGGACAUCUUCGCGGAGGCGCACCAACUGUACCAACAAUCGCAAGAAGGAAAAACGGUCAUCUACAAUUCCAUGGGCACGAGCUGGCAGCCAUUUGGGCAGCCGAAGCGCAAGCGCCCGUUGGACUCGGUUGUAUUGGAGGCAGGCGUUAAAGAGCGCAUCGUUGAGGAUAUGGAAGCCUUCAUUGCUUCACGCGCCUGGUAUCUUGACCGUGGUAUUCCAUACAGAAGGGGCUAUCUGCUUUACGGACCUCCGGGUACCGGCAAGAGCUCGUUUAUUCAAGCUGUUGCAGGACACUUGGAUUUCAACAUCGCCAUUCUCAAUGUCAGCGAACGAGGGUUGACGGACGAUCGCCUGAACCAUCUGUUGACCAACGUGCCACGACGGACUGUCGUCCUCCUCGAAGACGUGGACGUUGCGUUCAUGAACCGGAAGACGCCGGGUGCAGAUGGAUUUGCGAGUGCCUCUGUGACUUUCUCUGGACUCCUCAAUGCUCUGGACGGUGUCGCCAGUGCUGAAGAGCGCAUUAUCUUCCUCACAACCAAUCACGUCGAAAGGUUGGACGAGGCUCUUGUGCGACCUGGGCGCGUCGACAUGACUGUCAGACUCGGUGAGGCUACCGAGCAUCAGAUCGAGCAUUUGUGGGAUCGAUUUUACGCCGAGUUUGACAGGCAAGGAGAAGCUAGGCGGAGAUUCAUGGCCAAGGUCAAGGAGUUGGGACUGGUUGACUCGGUGAGCACAGCAGCGCUGCAGGGUCUCUUCCUGUAUAACAAAGACGACGUCGAGGGAGCCAUUAGCAUGGUCUCGGGCCUCACCGCUGAUCACAGUCAACGUGAAGGCCAUGUGGGCAUCCCCGGUCACGUAGAUCUGAGAUAAGUGGGGUCAAAAGAAUGCAUGACAUCACACCGAGAUAUCAGCAUGUCUAGACUCUGUUGCAUGACAAUCUAGUGUACCAUAAUCUCACUUGCAACUGUUAGGCAGCUCAAGGGCGCUGCAGAGCGAAUUUUUCUCAUCACCAGGCCCGAGAAACAGGGUCAAGCCCACGGGCCGGGCAGCAAAUGCGUGCUGCAAGUGAUGCGCAACCGCCCGUACCGCAUCGCGUUCGAAGGCCGAGCUUUGCGCGCCACGCUAGCUCUUCCACGUUAACGCGUCCCGCCUGAGAUGCAGGAUCCAUUGGUCAAUCUUGCUUUGAUCCUUAACAUCUAAUCAGA